AGAUAAUAUCAUAUCGCGUGCUUUUAUUGGCUGAUGCCCCCUUCUCUUCCUUGUCUUGUCCUCUAUCCAUCGACAUAUAUAUCCUGUCGCGAGUCGUCGCGCUCACGUAACGCGUCAUGAAGCGUCAGACAAAGCUCGCAUGCGACCAGUGCAGGAGGUCUAAAAGGGCCUGCGACGCCCCUCCUCUUGAGCUCCCGGAUCACGACAGCUUCUCUAACGGGACCAUCGUCCUGGGCAAGAGGCCUGCCUCGGAGACUGAGCUUCAGCCUUGCUCGUACUGUACAAAGACCAAGAAGCAAUGCACCAUGAACUGGGCCUGGUCCCAGGUCCAGAUCACCGCCGCCCUGGCUGCCGCCGCCCGUGAGGACUCGAGCUUGGAGUGCAUCAUACCGGGGAAGCGGAGGCAGAGCAGCAGCAAGGAUGUCGAGGUUCACCCUGCGAUAACAGAUACUGCCAGCUUCAGCAUUCCCGCUUGUCAACCGGGGCCGUCUCAGGGCCCACCGCAGGGUCUGUUCAGUCAGGAACUGCCGAACCUCGAUCUAUCGUUCCCCGAAGGGUCUCUCGGUGCCCUGCCGUUUGUCAUCAUUUAUCCGUUGGGCCGGAGAGCAUCUGUUCGCAAGCGCCACCUGAAGUCCAAUUCGACGAUUCCCUCUCAGCCUCGCACCAAAUUGAACCGAUUCCUCCUCCCAGUCGCUCUUCUCGCUCCGGAUCAAGUCGACCUGGAAGUGACAAGAGUCGGCAAAGGCAAAAACGCCACCGCCUCUCUAUCCCCCUUCUCUAUAGACCAGUCAAUGAUGGCGCGGUCCAACACUCAGUUCAUCUCUACCAACCUGUUGAAGAUCUAUCACGACGUGUUGGAGCACAACCUUAGCUGCUGGCUGACAGAAGUGACGUGUCCAUAUAGACCCGGCUCCAACACGAGCCCUCAUUCUGAAUGGGGUGCUUCAUGGACGAAUCGCAUCUACAUCCGAACACAGAGACUUGACCGAGUGGCCCAGUCUGCUAAGCUGAUACAGUUGACCCGAUCCGAGGACCAAGCGGCCACGAGGGCCCUCCACCUUGCCAUCAUGGCCUUUGCGACCCAGUGGGCUCAAGGUAGUCGUCGUCAACGAGAGCGCUAUCAUCCCUUUGGCGAUCCAUUCGAGGAUGGCGGACCAGAAGACUUUCUCGACGAGAUCUCGGAAGAGUUUGAUCGGAAUAUCCAGAAGCACUUUUGGGAGCAGGCACAAAAGGCUCUGCAGGAUGUCGCUGACGUCGAGUCAUACCGAGUAGCCUGUGCUGAACUGGUCUUUGGUCUGACGCAGAAACCAUGGGGUCGCGAUGACGAUUCGACCUCUGCGACUGAUGGGUUCGACUUUUUGCUUGGUCAAGAGAGGAGGUUCGAUGCGGACUCGAUGAUGGCUGAGCUGGGCGACAUCAUUUCCCGAGAUGGUGCACCGGUCAUGAUGGAACGAGCAGCUCGAAAGAUGCAUGCGUUAAAGUUCCAGUUUGACUCUACGAGGAGAGGCCUGGAUGGGUUCCGUCGUGGGAAGCAAGCUAGUGACUCUCUUUCUGUCAUGAGCCCAGAAGAUCGAGGGACUGUUGGCCUGUUGUUUUGGUUAAGUAUAAUGUUUGACACGGUGUCAUCGUCGAUGAACGAGCGGCCGGUUGUCGUUUCUGACGCUGAGAGUCAACAUGACGAUGCUCGGCAACAUGCUGAAGGACUAGAUGGACAGUGGAAUGUCCCUCUGUUUAUCCAGGACAGUCUUGAGCAGCCAUAUCGCAUGGUUCACUGGCCAUGCACAUACGAAGCUGCCGCAGAAGCUGUCACAAAGUCGGCGCCUGUCAAGGUCCUACUCUAUCGACACGUCUCGUAUCUGCAAAACAUUCUCCGAAAGGGAGGCAGGGGAGAAAAGGUCGAGUCGAUCAUCCGCAACUCGAUAUCCGUCUUCAGGUACUGGAACCUCACACACGGGGCCUUCUUCAAGGAGCUACUCCACGACUACGAAGCUGUACCAGGACGUAUCCAGAGUUGGUUUGUCUGCAUAUCAUGUCACUGGCAUUUGGCUGCUCUUAUGCUAGCGGACCUGAUCGAGUACGUGGAUGAGAAUGAGCUGGGCGUUGCUUCUGUAUCUUAUGGCCGUCUUGGAAGCAAGAUGGUUUCAAAGAUACGAGAAGCCAGCACAAGAGAGCUAUCAGACCUAGCAAAAGUCUCAACCCCAGACAGAGGCACAACAGGAAUGAUAUCACCCUCGCUGUCACACUUCCACGACGCCGUAAACGAAGCCACCAUCCUCACCGAACCAUGGACCAUCAUCCUCAUCCGCGCCUUCUCCAAGGCAGCAGUCCUCCUCAUCAGCGAAGCCAACGACUUUCUCGAGUUUGGACUCACGACGAGGGGGAGCUUCCAGGAGAGUCUAGCGAGAGCGGAUGAGUGCACAAAGGGGUUGUGGCUGCUGGGUAAGAAGUCUGAUAUGGCGAGGAGCGUGGCGGAUAGGUUGUCUUUGGCGAUUCAGAAGCUAAAGGUGUAAUUCUAUUGGAGUUUGGGAUUGUAAUAUGAUCAAGGCAAUAAUGAUCUUUGUUUUGCAUGGGCGGUUGGGGUUCUUGAUGUGGUGUUAGCUAAAUCAAGACUGGUUGUUGUUUGGGUCAUUUGGAGUUGUUGGAUUUUUGAAGCGAAUUUGAUGUUAUAUUACAAAGACCUGGGGGCCUCAGAUACGAAUGCUUGACUCCUACUAAGACUGUCUUCUAAAAACAACAAUUAAUCAUUUACUGCGAA